AUGAGCGGCGAACUCACUGUCAACACAAGCAGCCAUCAGCGACCCUCCCAAAAGAAGCGGCGGGCCCAACAAAAACGGGAAGCCCAAAGGGUUGGAACGAGCGUGGAACGGCACACCCGCGACGCGAACACGUUUCCCAAUAUCGGCGGCCAACUCAACCCCGACAGUCAAACCUACCCACAACCCAACUCCAGCGACGGACUCAAUACAUGUGACGACACCAAAACCACCGGCGAACCCAACCUCAGCGGUCUAACAAUCUCCAGAAACGGACUCACCAUGAGCGACGAAAACAACCCCAGCGAUGGACUUACCGCCAGCGACGAAUCCCACCCAAGCGAUCAAACCAACCCGAGCGGCCAAACCAACCUCAGCGACAGACUCGCCAUCCACGACGAACCCAACACCACCAUCGAGAUCGAAAGAAGCCCAACAGGCCAAACCUACCCCAGCGCCAGAGGCCAAGCCAACAAUAUCGGCCAACAUGACGAAGCCAAGAUAAAACGGGUGACAUGCGCAUUUAUUGGCGAUGGGAGCACCUGCAUUGUGGAAAUCGAAGCCGACGAACGUGUGUGGUACCUCAAGGAGCUCAUCAAGGGUGAGCGUGGGCUGACGUGUCAUAUCGAUCAGUUGGACCUCUAUGUCGCGAAAUUGUCGGGAGGCAACUUCUUGGAGGCCAGUGGACCAAACGCACUGGAACUCAAGCGGGGUCGCAUUUCCGACGGUGUCAAGGGUUUGAUGAAAGUACCCAUGGACUGGAUGGCUCAAAUGGACAACGUCGACUUCGCCUUCCAAGCGAAUGCCAAUGUCAAGAAAGUCCACGUUCUGGUGGACAUCCCGCGGUGUUUAAAGCACAUGUUGUGGCAUCAGCGUACGUUGUCGUGA